CUGUCCUCAGCUUAGGCCUGAGCCACAGAAGCUGCUCAGGGACUAUCCAUGGCCUCCCCGUGGCCAACUUGAGUCUGCUCUGCAGUUGUAGGCCCGACUUGGAAGGCCCGUGGGCUCCAGAUGAGGAAACAGGUCCAGACAGCCGAAGAGUGGUAGUGUCCAGGACACACAACUGGGCCGGCGGCGGCGGCUGCCCCGAGGGACGCGGCCCUAGGCGGUGGCGAUGGGGACCGCCCGGAUCGCACCCGGCCUGGCGCUCCUGCUCUGCUGCCCCGUGCUCAGCUCCGCGUACGCGCUGGUGGAUGCAGAUGACGUCAUGACUAAAGAGGAACAGAUCUUCCUGCUGCACCGUGCUCAGGCCCAGUGUGAAAAACGGCUCAAGGAGGUCCUGCAGAGGCCAGCCAACAUAAUGGAAUCAGACAAGGGAUGGACAUCUACGUCCACAUCAGGGAAGCCCAGGAAAGAUAAGCCAUCUGGGAAGCUCUACCCCGAGUCUGAGGAGGACAAGGAGGCGCCCACUGGCAGCAGGUACCGAGGGCGGCCCUGUCUGCCUGAAUGGGACCACAUUCUGUGCUGGCCGCUGGGGGCACCAGGUGAGGUGGUGGCUGUGCCCUGUCCGGACUACAUUUAUGACUUCAAUCACAAAGGCCAUGCCUACCGACGCUGUGACCGCAAUGGCAGCUGGGAGCUGGUGCCUGGGCACAACAGGACGUGGGCCAACUACAGCGAGUGUGUCAAAUUUCUCACCAAUGAGACUCGUGAACGGGAGGUGUUUGACCGCCUGGGCAUGAUCUACACCGUGGGCUACUCCGUGUCCCUGGCGUCCCUCACAGUAGCUGUGCUCAUCCUGGCCUACUUUAGGCGGCUGCACUGCACGCGCAACUACAUCCACAUGCACCUGUUCCUGUCCUUCAUGCUGCGCGCCGUGAGCAUCUUCGUCAAGGAUGCGGUGCUCUACUCUGGCGCCACACUCGAUGAGGCUGAGCGCCUCACUGAGGAGGAGCUGCGCGCCAUCGCCCAGGCGCCCCUGCCGCCUGCCACCGCCGCUGCCGGCUACGCGGGCUGCAGGGUGGCCGUGACCUUCUUCCUUUACUUCCUGGCCACCAACUACUACUGGAUUCUGGUGGAGGGGCUGUACCUGCACAGCCUCAUCUUCAUGGCCUUCUUCUCAGAGAAGAAGUACCUGUGGGGCUUCACAGUCUUCGGCUGGGGUCUGCCCGCUGUCUUCGUGGCUGUGUGGGUCAGUGUCAGAGCUACCCUGGCCAACACCGGGUGCUGGGACUUGAGCUCCGGGAACAAAAAGUGGAUCAUCCAGGUGCCCAUCCUGGCCUCCAUUGUGCUCAACUUCAUCCUCUUCAUCAAUAUCGUCCGGGUGCUCGCCACCAAGCUGCGGGAGACCAACGCUGGCCGGUGUGACACGCGGCAGCAGUACCGGAAGCUGCUCAAAUCCACGCUGGUGCUCAUGCCCCUCUUUGGCGUCCACUACAUCGUCUUCAUGGCCACACCAUACACCGAGGUCUCAGGGACGCUCUGGCAAGUCCAGAUGCACUAUGAGAUGCUCUUCAACUCCUUCCAGGGAUUUUUUGUCGCCAUCAUAUACUGUUUCUGCAAUGGCGAGGUACAAGCUGAGAUCAAGAAAUCUUGGAGCCGCUGGACACUGGCACUGGACUUCAAGCGCAAGGCACGCAGCGGGAGCAGCAGCUAUAGCUAUGGCCCCAUGGUGUCCCACACAAGUGUGACCAACGUCGGCCCCCGUGUGGGACUCGGCCUGCCCCUCAGCCCCCGCCUACUGCCCACUGCCACCACCAAUGGCCACCCUCAGCUGCCUGGCCAUGCCAAGCCAGGGGCCCCAGCUCUGGAGACCCUUGAGACCACACCACCUGCCGUGGCUGCUCCCAAGGACGAUGGGUUCCUCAACGGCUCCUGCUCAGGCCUGGACGAGGAGGCCUCUGGGCCUGAGCGGCCACCCGCCCUGCUACAGGAAGAGUGGGAGACAGUCAUGUGACCAGGCGCUGGGGGCUGGACCUGCUGACAUGGUGGAUGGACAGAUGGACCAAAGAUGGGUGGUUGAAUGGUUGCCCACUCAGAGCUGGGGCCAAGAGGAAAAACAGGGAAAAAGAGAAAAAAAAAAAAAAAA